CUGCGGAAGUAAACAACCCUCGGCUGACGUGGAGCUGCAGAUUGUCACCGACCAGCCAGAGAAACUGGAUCAACUGGGACGCAAUCGACUGGUACCAGCGGAACGUUUGUCGCUCCGGUUUCUGUACUGUAUUUUAAUUCAUUAAAUGGAUUCGGUCGGCGUCGUCUGAAUUCCGGGAUUAACCGACGGCCCUCGUUGAGACAACCGACAACUCCGGAGCAAAAUGGCGGCAUCGGACGAGGCCAGCAGACCUUUCGCCGGGCUGUCGGACGUCUCCAUCUCGGACGACAUCCUGGUGGAAGGGGACAUCUCCGUGCCCAUCGGGCCCUCCGCGCGGCGGGACGACGAGUUCUCCACCCUCGACGAGCCGGUGCGGGAGACCAUCCUGCGGGACCUGCGCGCGGUGGGGAAGAAGUUCGUCCACGUCCUGUACCCGAAGCGCAGCACGGCUCUGCUGCGGGACUGGGACCUGUGGGGCCCGCUGCUGCUCUGCGUGACGCUGGCUCUGCUGCUGCAGGGCGGCGCGGCCGACAGCGACUACCAGGGGGGCCCGCAGUUCGCUGAGGUCUUUGUCAUCAUCUGGUUCGGCUCCAUCAUCAUCACCCUCAACUCCAAGCUGCUGGGGGGCACCAUCUCCUUCUUCCAGAGCCUGUGUGUGCUGGGAUACUGCAUCCUGCCUCUGACGGUGGCCAUGGCCGUGUGCCGGAUCGUCCUGGUGGCCGGCUCGGGGGCGGUCAGCUUCGCCGUGCGGCUGGCGGUGGUGACGGCGUCCUUCGGCUGGUCCACCUUCGCCUCCACGGCCUUCCUCGCCGACAGCCAGCCGGCCAACCGCAAGGCGCUGGUGGUGUACCCGGUGUUCCUCUUCUACUUCGUGAUCGGCUGGAUGGUCCUGACGUUCUCGCCGUCGCAGUAGAGGAGGGACGCGACGGAGUGUUUGUUCAACGGACAAAACAUGAGGGUGUUUUUUCUUUUCUUUUCUUUUUUGGGACUGAAAGAAUUCGGGCAAACACCGGUUUCUGCCUUGGAACGAAGACGAAUGACUACUGAAGUGACUGAGUGUUUCCAAGCCUCUGAUGGCGCAUCGAGACUCAUGGGACACCACCAUAACAGCUCCUACUCAGACCCAGAGAAGUCCGCUGGACGCUGUGCUGAUGGAGAGUGAAAAAGCUGAUGAAUUUCUUCAUGUUCACCAGCUUUGUUAAACUAAAGCCCAUCGGCUUGUGUAAAUAUAAACGCUCUAUGAAUGUUUAACAGGGCUUCAACUAUGAAUAUUAUUUUCCUACUGGUCUCUCUGGGUUGGUUGUAAACCUCAGUGUCUUCAUGACGCUCUUUAAUUAAACAUCCUCAGCACUUAUUCCCACACUACAUUCUUCAUUUGUACUCAUCCAGCGUUCAUGCAGACUAUCGAUCUGUUCCUUAGAGACAAAUCUAACCUUCUACUCCUCCAUGUUUCUUUUAGUCUUUUAAUUUUCUUUAGUAGACUGUUGACUGGUGUCCACGUGCUAAAAGUCCUCCCUCUGGACUCGAGAAGUCUCGUCAAAGAGUCAACUUUUUUUUUUUUGGGCAGGAUUCACACUUUCAGCAGAUGAGAGUUUAGUCGUGUUUAAACUUCUGUGUGUGGGCGUGUUCACGUGUGUUUGGGGG